AUGCACACUAACGAAGAAAGGCCGUCAUACAGAGAAGACGGGAGGUCAUCUAGAUCAGCUUUCUCAAAAGAUGGCCGAGGAGGAACUGAGCCAACACCACAACUGAGACCUGGGGUUCGUUACGUGUACUACCGACUAUACACCAAAGGCGGUCCACUCGAAUCGAUCAACCCCAUCUAUUCCAACGACCGCUUCAUCGGCCGCAUUUUGUCCACAUCAGUGAGGCCACCUCACACCGUUGCAUCUCUAAAGAGGUAUCUAUGCAAAAUUGAAGACCUAGCUCCCGAAAACUGUACUCUGUAUCAGUCACUCACGGAGAACACAGCUCUGGAGGAUUCUACUCAUCUCUCGCUCCGAGGGACACCUGGGCCAGGCUCAUCCGUUGACGAUCCGAUAGCGCUGGUGUCCAGUAAUGAGAGACAAUCGCAGGUGGAGAGCUCAGCAACCUCAAAAGAACUACUUGAACGGGAUUUUGAGCAACACUAUGUGUACUACCAUAUUUACGACGAGCAAGGCGAGACCGUAUCAAAAACAUCCUUCAACCAGAACACUCCUUCUUUGGGUCGCGUCAACACUUUCGCUAUUCCACCACCUCACACUCUAGCUUCAUUGAAGAACCACCUUGUCAAAUCCGAAAAUAUCUUGGGCCGCGAUGUUCAGAUCUUGCAGGAUGAGGACAGCGAGUCUUCCAUGAACGACGCCGAUUCCAUCGCCCUUCUUUCUAAUUCGUUUCCAGGGUGUGCGGAGGAUCAGCCGAUAGCGGUAACGUACGAAGUGCAGGGUGCAGGGGUUGCAAACAAUGUCAAUAAUGAGAACCCGAACGACAGAGAGGCGCAACUCCGCUCUGUUUUACAUCAAACAAGAGAAGAGCUAAGAAAAGCAAAGGAGGAAAUAGAAAGGCUGAAACAAACACACGCGCGCGAGCUAGAUGAAGCGCGAGGAUCAGCAUCAUUUCAACCUCAACCUGGGUCUCUGGUGGCGGGGAAAUUUCAAACGACGAGAAAACUUAGAGCAACGCAGGAUUGGAAUCUAGGGGACUUUGAUUACAGGUGGCACUCGAUGAAAACAGGGGAUAUCUUUCACACAAAUGGUGUUGAGAGGAAGGAGGAAUGGAGAAACAAUGGGGCUGGCACAAUCUAUAGUAUGCAUGCGUAUUCGUGGAUUUGGUAUGAGUUCCAGAACGCUGAUAUAUCGCCUUUAAUUCAAGAAUUUCUAUGCUAUCUGGCGACGAACUCCGCUGGAAGAGUAGCUUUUGUGAUUAAAGGUAAUCUCCGUCUCCUACCUUCUGGAUCUUCUCUAUACGGGAUUUGCUGA